AUGCUUAAUAUAUUAAUAAUAAGUAUUAUAAGGAUUAGUUUUAGUCUAAGUAAGGAAAUCGUUGCCCUAGGUAUAAUAAAAAUAAAAACGUACUUUAAAAUAAUAACUUUUUAUAUUUUACCCGUUAAUACCCUAUUUCUCUUAUAUUUAAAAAAUAUAGAUUAA